AUGACGAAAUGGGCAGACACUGGCGGCAACUGGAAGCUUCACAGCAGUUUCUGGUUCCGAAUAGUCUUUAUUGCUGAUGGUCGUUCUGGUACAUCUUCACCUCCAAAGGGUCCUGAGCAUUUACGCUUUGUUUGCCUUUCUGACACCCAUGGACAACAUCGCGAGCUCUCUUCUCGGUUGCCGCCAGGAGAUGUGCUUCUGCAUGGAGGUGAUUUCUCCAAUGAUGGCAGCCUGGAGGAGGUCAUGGACUUUGCUGCCUGGCUGCGAUCAUUGCCGUAUCGCCACAAGGUACUGAUUGCUGGAAACCAUGAACUCACCUUCGACCAAAGCUAUGGUGGGGAUCGAGUGAAGGACAGCACUGCAGCGAACUCCGUCCGGUCGGCCUUCCUCAAGUCCUUCAAUUCGAGCCAUGAUGGGAUCACCUACUUGGAAGAUGAAGAGCUGGUGAUUUGUGGUGUUCGAAUCUACGGAAGCCCGUGGCAACCGGAGUUCUUGGACUGGGCAUUCAACAUGCCACGGGGUGCCAUCCGAGAGAAGUGGAAGGCCAUCCCUUCAAACGUGGACGUCCUGUUGGUCCACGGCCCACCUUUGGGACGGGGUGAUGCUUUGCUUCCCUCUCUCAAACGCAGAGGAUGCAUGGACUUAUUAUUUGAAGUGCAAGACCGAAUACGACCGCAGUUUUGCGUCUUCGGGCAUAUCCACGAGGGAGCUGGAGUGACCUUUGAUGGUACCACGCAUUUUGUAAAUGCGUCUUCCAUGAAUGAACACUAUCAGUGCAUUCAUGCACCUCUUGUCUUUGACAUCGCCAUCAAGCAAGACGGGCUCCAAGACACAUGA